AGCUGCCAGGCAGGGCAAGUAGCAGGCAGCAGAGCUCCCAGGCAGGGCAAGUAGCAGGCAGCAGAGCUCCCAGGCAGGGCAAGUAGCAGGCAGCAGAGCUCCCAGGCAGGGCAAGUAGCAGGCAGCAGAGCUCCCAGGCAGGGCAAGUAGCAGGCAGCAGAGCUCCCAGGCAGGGCAAGUAGCAGGCAGCAGAGCUCCCAGGCAGGGCAAGUAGCAGGCAGCAGAGCUCCCAGGCAGGGCAAGUAGCAGGCAGCAGAGCUGCCAGGCAGGGCAAGUAGCAGGCAGCAGAGCUCCCAGGCAGGGCAAGUAGCAGGCAGCAGAGCUGCCAGGCAGGGCAAGUAGCAGGCAGCAAAGCUGCCAGGCAGGGCAAGUAGCAGGCAGCAGAGCUCCCAGGCAGGGCAAGUAGCUUGAUUAAGGGGACUGAACACUUUCAGGCUUUUGGGGGGCUGGAAGCAGAGAGUAUCUGCACCCCACUGCAGCUGUACUAGGAUGGGCAGGAAUCUGAUGUGAGACAAUGGUGAAUAGAGAGAGGAAUAACCGACUGUUGGACACCCUGAAGCUGCCCGGGAAUUCCCAGUGUGCGGAUUGUGGGCUGCCAGAUCCUGAUUGGGCCUCGUGCAAAGUGGGAGUGUUCAUUUGCUUGCAGUGCUCAGGGGUGCACCGCAGUUUCACGGAGAGUGGGAAAGUCAAGUCGAUACAGUUGGAUAACUGGGAAGACGAGCGCCUGGUGCAGUUCAUGAGAAGAAAUGGAAACCUGGAGGCAAAGAGGAAAUAUGAAGCUUUUGUCCCUCCGUUCUACUAUCGGCCCCGCGCCGGCGACUGCGACGUAUUAAAGGAACAGUGGAUUCGCUCUAAGUACCAGCGGGAGGAAUUUAUGUCCAAUACAGAGGCUUCCUACACUACAGCCCCCCGGGAAGGCUUCCUGUACAAACGGGGAAGAGACAGCAAAGGGUUCCAGGAGAGAAGAUUUGUCCUGUGUAGAAGUGAGGGGCUGCUGAAAUAUUACACUAAGGACAAUGGCAAGGGCCCAAAGGGGACAAUCCCCAUCCAGAGCCUGAAUGUCACGUUCCAGGGGGAGAAGAUCGGCCACCAACACGGCCUGGAGAUCACAUACGUGAGGGACGGACAGACCCGGAAUAUCUUUGUUUAUCACGAGAGCGGAGAGGAAAUAGUGGCCUGGUACAACUGCCUGCGUGCAGCUCGCUUCCAUUACCUGAGGGCCACCUACCCACAAGCCUCAGAGGCAGAGCUGAUACCCAAGAUCACCAGGAAUUACAGUAAAGUUGGAUACAUGGAGAAAACUGGCCCCAAGCAAAAAGAAGCCUUUAAGAAGCGAUGGUUCAACCUGGAUUCAGGGGGAAGAAAACUUCUUUAUUAUAAGAAUCCUCUGGAUGCCUUUGAGAAGGGUGGAGUCUUUAUUGGAAGUAAGGAGCGAGGAUAUGCAGUCCGAGAUGGUUUGCCCCAAGGGAUGAAGGGAAACAAUUGGGAUUGUGGGAUUAUUAUCCAGACCCCAGCGAGAGAGUUUGUCUUGACUUGUGAAAAUGUGAAAGAGCAGAGGGAGUGGCUAGAGGCACUUAGAGAUGUUAUAUCUCGGCCAAUGACAAGAGAGGAAAUUAUGGAAGAGGCCGGUUUCAGGAGAAAGCGCCCCAAAUAACAGCGGCAUGCUGGGAGAGGAGGAGGAGGAAGUGCCCCAAAUAACAGCGGCAUGCUGGGAGAGGAGGAGGAGGAGGAAGUGCCCCAAAUAACAGCAGCAUGCUGGGAGAGGAAGAGGAGGAGGAAGCGCCCCAAAUAACAGCGGCAUGCUGGGAGAGGAGGAGGAAGUGCCCCAAAUAACAGCGGCAUGCUGGGAGAGGAAGAGGAGGAGGAAGCGCCCUAAAUAACAGCGGCAUGCUGGGAGAGGAGGAAGCGCCCCAAAUAACAGCGGCAUGCUGGGAGAGGAGGAGGAAGUGCCCUAAAUAACAGCGGCAUGCUGGGAGAGAAGGAGGAAGUGCCCCAAAUAACAGCGGCAUGCUGGGAGAGGAGAAGGAAGUGCCCCAAAUAACAGCGGCAUGCUGGGAGAGGAAGAGGAGGAGGAAGUGCCCCAAAUAACAGCGGCAUGCUGGGAGAGAAGGAGGAAGUGCCCCAAAUAACAGCGGCAUGCUGGGAGAGGAGAAGGAAGUGCCCCAAAUAACAGCGGCAUGCUGGGAGAGGAAGAGGAGGAGGAAGUGCCCCAAAUAACAGCGGCAUGCUGGGAGAGGAGGAGGAGGAAGUGCCCCAAAUAACAGCGGCAUGCUGGGAGAGGAAGAGGAGGAAGCGUAACAGCUUGGACUGAAUGGACUUGCUCUUUGUUACAAGAUGUCUGUGUGUUGGGACUGGCCCUGUCCCCUGUAUGAAGCCAUUUAUGGGCCUGGGGUGUCCUUAACUAGUAGUUAGGCAGGUUAUAUAUAGGCAUUAUGGUUGAACUUGAUGGACGUAUGUCUUUUUUCAACCCAACUUACUAUGUUACUAUGUUACUAUUGGGCUGGGAGGGAUCCCCCCUCAGUUUCGCACAUAACUGGAUCUGUUACUCAGGGGCUGAGCCCCCCGUCACCUCAUCAUGAGAAGCGACUCCGUCAUUUGAUUUCCAAACAAGAUGGUUUUGAACAUAAUGAGUAUUUCUGUAUUUUCUACAUGAUAUAAAUACGGCUGAGAUAGAGA